ACCUGGUCAUAUGUAGUGACAAAUGUCAGUAAAUAGAAAGACCAGAAAAUAACCCAACCUGUACCGGCCAAUGGAGAUAUAAAUCAAGCUAAAUCCAGAUACUGCCAGAUACAUAAAUCUACUGACCACGGAUGACUACGAUGUAUAGUAACUUGAAUCCGUGCUACAUAUUGAGUAGUUGAGUAAAGACGAGUAAAGUGAAAGACACUAAGGACGGAUACCAGCCAGUCAUACUUAUGUAAGGAUUGAUAAACCUUGAAUCACUUGAAAAAAGAAAACUGCACAUUAAGAGAAUAUGAAGACAGACAUUACGGAUCCGUGGUCGGGAGUAGACGUAUCAGAAAUCAGCGACAAAAAUUGUAUCAGUCGUUUUGAAGAUUCUUUCGUAGAAUAUCAAUCAGAACACUCGAAACUUGCCGAUUCGGAGGAAUAUUUGGAGAAACUUUAUACCAGGCUUAGAAGCCUUCAAAAAGGAACAUCAAAGAAGGAUCUGGUAGCAUCAUUAGCAGAAGUGAAAGAAGAUUGUAUUGCUCGUUUAAUAACUUCUGGGUGUAAACUUGAAACAGAAGAAGAAACAGAAUUAGCUUCAAAUCCGUUGAUUAGACAUAUAGCACCUCAUUUACAGGCUUUAACUGCUACUGAAUUAGUUUGUCUUUUAAAAGCAGAUGUUCUUCAAGUAGUCACUGAAGCUGAACAAGACAAAGAAAUUAUAGAAAAAUCAACAAAUUAGUAAAUCAAAAUUUGUUGACUAAAUAUUUCAAAUAGUAAUAUAUCAGUUUAAGAAAACAUG